AUGUUAAUUGAGAGCGAACGGUUCGUGAAAAUGAUUAAUAAAUUGGAUCGCAGGAUCCUGGCUGUGAUUCUUAUCCUGGUGCGCUCGGUAUCGGGCACUACUGGCAGUGGAGGAGACGUACCCCUGCGAUGUGACGAGUACGAUUCAAUGGGAUUUAUGGACGUGAACGAGGCCUUUUGCACGGUAACCGGAUUCACGGUCACGCACAGUCAGAAUAUCGUGAUCAAGAACAUUCCGCCGGGGAACAUGGUCAAGUUCAUGAAGUUCUACGAGUCGACGCUGCUCUACAUGCCCUUCCACCUCUUCGAAACGUUUCCGCACCUCAAGACCCUGGACGUCUCGAAUACGAAUAUCUUGGAGCUGACGAGGAACGCCUUCAGUGCGGCCAGCAACCUGACUUAUUUGAAUCUGGCCUACAACAAUCUGACCUCGAUCCAGACCUCGGUGUUUAUCGGAGCCAAUGUCCUGAUGCGCCUGGACUUGUCCUACAACGAUAUCACUACGCUGAGUGUGAAUGCCUUUUGCGGCCUGCACACCAUAAGCCAGAUUUUCCUAACUGGCAACCGACUCAAGGAGUUGCACAGCGAUAUCUUCAAGGACAACGAGUACCUGGAGAAGGUGUCCUUCGAGGGCAAUUUGCUGACCACCAUUCAGCCGGAGGUAUUUCGCAAUAUGCGCCGCAUCAAGGAGGUUAAUCUGUCCAACAACCAGCUGAUCUACAUCCAUCCAGACACAUUCGCGGAGGCUGCCAGCCUGGAGAACCUGGUGCUGUCCUACAACCAACUGCGGAACUUCCAGCUCACUGAGAAGAACAUCGUCCACCAGCUGCACUUGGACAACAAUCACCUGACCAAUCUGACCAUUAAUGCCACCCGAUUCGUCCGGGCCAGCCACAACAACAUAUCGGAGCUCAUCCUGCACCAGAGUCUGCACAUCGAGACGCUCGACUUGAGCGCCAAUCGCCUGACCAGUAUCUCGAACAUAACCAACAUUACUUACAUGCUGUAUCUGGAUGUCUCAGACAACCCCAUUGGACCCCUGAAUGUCUCAACGUUUGCGCAGCUCAAGCGACUCCGGGGCCUGAAUCUCAGGGGCACCGGGAUCCGGGAGCUCAAGUUCGGAAUGUUCUCAAAGCAAAAGUAUCUAGAGGAACUUGAUUUGUCGUUCAACAACCUGACCAGCCUCAAUCUGGAUAUGUUUGUGCCGUAUCUAACGAAUCUCAAAAAGUUUUUGGUGGACGGCAACGAACUGUGGGAGCUGCAGGGCAACCGCUCCUUCUCGGACACUUUUCCGCAGCUCCAGAAAUUAGGGGUUUCACGGAACCGCUUCAACUGCUCUUAUCUGCACCACCUGCUUAUCCCUCCAUCCCUCGCCGAAUCUGUGGUGCUAAACAUCGAGCCAGACAACAAUCUGGAGGAGACUCCGCACAUCCGGGAUGUAUCCUGCAUCAGUCGAUCCCUGGAAUCCCUGAAUGCCUCCUUCACUGCCGAGGAAUCUGCUCUGGAGUCGCACAUCCAGAGGUUGUCCAAGCAGCUGGAAAUAGUGGGAUCUCACUCAAGGAAUCUUGAGCUGCACCUGGCUUUCAUGCAGGUCUUCGCUUACGUUCUGGGCGGUAUCGUUCUGGUUGCCGCGGUAACCCUGGUAACGCUACGAUAUCUUAAGAAUCAGCGAUCGGGAAGAUAUGACCGGAGCAGCAUCGUCUUCCACUCAACCGCCACCAUGGAUGCUACCAUGACCUUGGACAGUGAUCAGUGAUUAAUCAAAGAUUUGAAAAUAAAAGAAAAGUAUUUUUAAAAUUAAUAAUAUUUUGAAAAAAAAAAAUUUCAAUCAGUUUAAAUACAAAACAAUUUUAAAGAAUAUUUACUAAUUCUGAUUUUCUUAAAGUAAACUUUCUUGUAAGAAAUUCUUAAAAGGCUGAAAUUAAAUAUAUACAAAAAUAAUACAAUAUAAAAUAUAAAAUGUAACCUUUUAUAAGUAAAAAAAUGACUAAAAUUGUAGUAGACAUAAAACAGAUAGAUGAAAGUUUGACCAAGAAUGAUC